AUGCGCCUGAUUGGUCUUCCAAGAAUCUCGGAUGACCGGAACAGUGCCGAUGACUCGAAGCAGGCCUCGGGAUUCGCGCGGUUGCUGGCGUCUUCUGCGCCGCGCGUGUUCCCGCUCGUUGAUGUUCAUGGAACCUCAGCCGUCAGCAGCAACGCUGGCGAUCUGUCGCCGUCCGUCGCCACCCGCACUGCGACGUCGCUCGCGGUUCGCAGCAGCGUCGCCGCGCGCGGCCCUGGCGGUCGCUCGUCGGUCAGUGGCAUGGUCGCCACUGUGUUUGGAGCCACGGGCUUUCUGGGGAGAUACGUGGUGCAGCAGCUAGCCCGCUCGGGUUCGCAGGUGAUGGUGCCCUAUCGCUGCCUGGAGGACGACCACAGGCACCUCAAGCUGUGCGGGGACCUGGGGCAGGUCGUGCCGAUCAAGUUUGAUGUGAGGAGCGAUGAGAGCAUUGCUGCUGCUAUCGCCAAGUCGAAUGUCGUCAUCAACCUCAUUGGUCGUGACUUUGAGACGCGCAAUUUCAGCUUUGAGGACAUCAACAUCUCAGCGCCUCAGCGCAUUGCCAGGAUUGCCAGGGAGCAUGGCGGCAUCGCGCGCAUGGUGCACCUCUCCUGCCUGGGCGCUGCUCCCCACGCGCCCUCCAAGCAGCACCAGACCAAGGCGCUGGGAGAAGCAGCAGUGCUGGCGGAAUUCCCACAGGCGACUAUCCUGAGGACGGGUCCCCUCGCAGGCACGGAGGACCGGCUUCUCAACAGCUGGGCACUCAUGGCCAAGAAGUUCCCGUUUGUCCCCGUUAUAGCAGGCGGCAAGACUCUCAUUCAGCCAGUUUACGUGUUGGACGUGGCAACAGCAGUCAACGCCACAGUCACUGACGACGGCAGCAGCUGUGGGCAAACAUACGAGCUGGGCGGACCGGAAGUGCUGCAAAUCAGGGACCUGGUGAACCGUGUCUUGGAAACCAUUCGCCAGCACUCCUCCAUUCUCAGCGUCCCUCUUCCUGUCGCCAGGGCCCUCGCCACCCCACGGGAGUUCCUGCUGCACCGCGUGCCAACGCCCAUCCCCAGCCCCACCAUGUUCACGCUCGAUUACAUCAACUCCCUUUCCUUCCCCCACAUCGUCUCCCCUAAUGCGCUCACAUUCAAGGACCUUGGGAUCAUCCCCCAUCCUCUCACGGGUCUCACCAUCGACUACCUCUUUGCUUAUCGCAGCGGCGGGCCACAGUACGGGCAGACUGUCGGGGAGAAGGUCUCUGGCGCUGGCUUCUAG